CAGCCUCAGCCUCAGCCUCAGCCUCAGCCUCGGCUCCCUCGGCUCCUCACCAGUCCUCGGAGCCGACGUGCCCCCACCUCCGCUUCCGCUUUCCGUCCCAGGGCUUCCAGUAUAGCAAGCAGCCCUCGAGGAGUGGUCAGACAGACCUUGGUUCCUACGUACCCUCUACUUGCUACUACAGCACACCUCGACAAGACAAUGGCGUCGGAUACAGCACCACCGCCUCCACCGCCGGCAGAUGGCAACGACGAUGUCACUCCUCCUCCGCCGCCGCCCGAAACAGACGAAGACAAGGCUGCAGUGGUACAGCAGCCCUCAAAGGGGUCUCCUAACGACUUUCUCAAGAACGUGAUCGGCAAGCAAGUAGCAGUGCGACUCAACUCAGGAAUCGACUACCGGGGCACCCUCUCAUGUCUGGACGGAUACAUGAACAUUGCCCUCGAGGAGACGACGGAGUGGGUGGGUGGGCAGCAAAAGAAUUCCUAUGGAGAUGCUUUCAUCAGGGGGAACAAUGUAUUGUACAUCACCGCGCUGUGAGGAUGGAUGAGGUCAGAUGCAAUAGAUUACAUUCGGAUACUCUUCACGUCUCAGAGGCGCAACGGGUUCAAGAGUGUUCCCG